CCCCGCCGCGGGCUCCCCGGCCCCGUCCCCGCCGAGCCCCCUCCUUCCUCGUUCCGUCGGCGCUCGGGCUCGCCGCCCCCGGGGGCGCUGCUGAGGUGCGGCGGGCGGGGGGAGGCCCGGUCCCGGCGGGGCUUCACCCCGAGAGUGAGACAAGCACCAGCGCAGGGAGACACGGCCGUUGUGCGGCCGCCGCGGGUCCGAACGUGGGGCUGCCGGGCUGUGACAGACCUGCAGCUCCCCGGGCUGGAAGCAGCUCUGUGCACAGCGGCUGCACCGCCGGGUCGGACGCACUUUGUGGACAUAAGCGUUUUUUAAACUUUUUUUAAGAACUCGUUUUCUGGGAUUUUUACAAGCAGCCCUUUAGUUCGCGUUGGUUUCCUGCUUCUCCCGCUUCAAGGCGGCGUUCGCUCUGUUCUUCCUGGUACCGUAGCACGGGGAUCUGAACGGGACUGACAGGUACUCCAGGAGCCUUCCAGUCCGUCCACCUGUUAAAGCCGGCAGCUCCGCUUCUUUCUUUCUUCCAUUUUUUUCCCCGUGUCGCCUGUUGGAUGUGAUGGAACUCAUGUUUGCGGAGUGGGAGGACGGGGAGAGGUUCUCCUUCGAGGACUCCGAUCACUUUGAGGAGGACUCCCUUUGUUCCUUCAUCUCAGAGGCAGAGAGCCUUUGCCAGAACUGGAGAGGAUGGCGGAAGCAAUCGGCCGGACCCAAUUCUCCCACUGUCAAAAUGAAAGAUGGGCUGGUGAUCCCAUUGGUGGAACUGUCUGCAAAACAGGUUGCAUUUCACAUUCCAUUUGAGGUCGUGGAAAAAGUUUAUCCUCCAGUUCCUGAGCAACUACAGCUUCGGAUCGCCUUCUGGAGUUUCCCUGAAAAUGAGGAAGAUAUUAGGUUGUACUCGUGUUUGGCUAAUGGCAGCGCAGACGAGUUCCAGAGAGGGGAGCAGCUAUUCCGAGUGAGGGCAGUCAAAGACCCUCUCCAGAUAGGUUUCCAUCUGAGUGCCACUGUGGUACCCCCACAGAUGAUGUCUCCCAAAGGUGCAUACAAUGUGGCGGUGAUGUUUGACCGAUGCAGGAUCACAUCAUGCAGCUGUACCUGUGGAGCUGGGGCCAAGUGGUGUGCUCACGUCGUGGCGCUCUGUCUCUUCCGGAUACACAAUGCAUCUGCGGUAUGCUUACGAGCACCUGUUUCUGAGUCCUUGUCUCGACUACAAAGAGACCAAUUGCAAAAAUUCGCUCAGUACCUAAUCAGUGAACUUCCGCAACAGAUUCUUCCAACUGCUCAGCGUCUGCUGGAUGAGCUGUUAUCUUCUCAGUCAACUGCAAUCAACACAGUGUGUGGAGCUCCAGAUCCCACUGCUGGACCCUCUGCAUCAGAUCAAAGCACCUGGUACCUCGAUGAAUCUACCCUGAGUGACAACAUAAAGAAAACCCUUCAUAAAUUCUGUGGGCCCUCUCCUGUUGUUUUCAGUGAUGUAAAUUCCAUGUAUCUCUCUUCCACGGAGCCACCGGCUGCUGCUGAGUGGGCCUGUCUUCUGCGUCCCCUGCGAGGGAGAGAGCCUGAGGGAAUCUGGAACCUACUUUCUAUUGUGCGGGAGAUGUUUAAGAGACGGGAUAGCAAUGCUGCUCCUUUGCUGGAGAUUCUGACUGACCAGUGUCUGAACUAUGAGCAGAUAACCGGCUGGUGGUACAGUGUGCGGACAUCUGCGUCACACAGCAGUGCUAGCGGGCACACGGGACGCAGCAAUGGCCAGUCAGAAGUAGCUGCUCAUGCCUGUGCAAGUAUGUGUGAUGAGAUGGUGGUUCUUUGGAGACUGGCUGUCCUUGACCCAACUAUUAGUCCACAGAGGCGCAGGGACCUUUGUUCCCAGCUCAGGCAAUGGCAGCUGAAGGUCAUAGAUAAUGUUAAGAGAGGUCAGCACAAGAAAUCACUGGAGAAACUAUUCCAGGGUUUCAAGCCAGCAGUGGAAGCCUGUUACUUCAACUGGGAGGAAGCUUAUCCUAUCCCUGGGAUCACCUACAGCAGCACUGACAAGAAAAACUCAUUCUGUUGGGUAAAAGCCAUCCAACAGAGGAGCUGCCGGUUGCAGUGUGCAGAAACUGCUUGUGAGGCUGGUAGAGCCCAUGGACAAGAGCCUGGGGGACCAUGUCUGCAGCCUGGGGACAGGCUGCGUCCCUCACCCCAGGAGCCAGCGGUUCGUCCUAAGGAACUUACUGGAAAGCGCAAAGUUGUCUCUGAAACACCCCAGAGAGUUCUGAGACGACUUUCAGCAGAAGGUGAUAAAGCUGUGUAUAAAACUGCAGUGAGCAAAGCUAAGUUGCCAGUGAGCAAAGGUUUGACCAGUAAGCAUAGUGGGAAACGCCGCAUGAGUAGUGAAGACAGCUCCCUGGAGCCAGACUUAGCAGAGAUGAGCCUGGAUGACAGCAGCUUGGCUCUGGGUGCGGAAGCCAGCAAUACAUUCAGUUUUACAGAAAGCCCACUGAGCAGGAGCUACAGGGAUGCCUUUGAGGAGGAUGGUGGGGUGUACUUCUCUGAGGGACCCGAACCCAGUGUCAGGAGCAGUUCCACAGCCAAGAAAUCAACCAAGGAUCCUGUGGGAGAGAUGGGUAGUGGUGAUGACGACCUGACUUCUGCAGAUGAAAACAGUGGUGGUGUGAGCCUGAAACCAGAAGAAGUAGGAGAGAAUGGUGCGGCAGGUGGAGGUGAUGAUGGGGAAGAGGAAGAUGAUUACCAGGUAUACUAUCUGAAUCCACAAGAGGUAGCCAAGGAAGAUGAUGACAAAGCUGAAGGGGGAAAUGAAGAAGAGCAGGAUAUAUUUGCUGGAAUAAAGCCUCUGGAGCAGGAGAACCGGAUGGAGAUCCUGUUUGCCUGUGCAGAAGCCCUGUAUGCACAUGGGUACAGUAAUGAAGCAUGUCGCUUAACUGUAGAACUUGCCAGGGACCUAUUAGCCAACCCUCCAGAUCUCAAAGUGGAGCAGCCACCAACUAAGGGCAAAAAGAACAAGGUAUCAACCAGCAAGCAAACAUGGAUGGCAACCAACACCUUGUCCAAAGCUGCUUUCCUGCUGACUGUGUUGAGUGAGCGACUGGAGUACCACAACCUGGCCUUCCGAAUAGGAAUGUUUGCCCUGGAGCUGCAGAGACCACCUGCCUCUACCAAGGCACUGGAGGUGAAGCUGGCAUAUCAGGAGUCUGAGAUUGCAGCCCUCUUGAAGAAGAUUCCCUUGGUCACUAAUGAGAUGAAUACUAUUCGAGGAAGAGCUGAAGAACUGCGAGAAGGAACGUUAUGUGAUUAUCGUCCUGUCCUGCCUCUCAUGUUGGCUAGUUUUAUAUUUGAUGUCCUAUGCGCUCCAGUGGUUUCUCCUACAGGCUGUAGACCCCCAAGUCGCAAUUGGAAUAAUGAAAUGCCUGGAGAUGAAGAGCUUGGUUUUGAAGCAGCUGUUGCUGCUCUUGGCAUGAAGACAACUGUCAGUGAAGCAGAACAUCCUCUGUUGUGUGAAGGCACUCGAAGGGAGAAGGGAGAUCUGGCACUAGCCCUGAUGAUUACUUACAAGGAUGAUCAAUCCAAGCUGAAGAAGAUUUUAGACAAACUUCUGGACAGAGAGAGUCAGACUCACAAGCCACAGACACUGAGUUCCUUCUACUCUUCCAGCAAGCCUACAGUAGCAAAUCAAAAGUCUCCUUCCAAACAUGCUGCCCAGUCCACUGCAGCUAUCCAGCAGCUUCCAGGGACUUCAGUUGCUCAGCAAGCUGGUGUAAGCCCAGCAGUUCAGAGCAGUCCUGAAACCUUCGUGGAGAAGAGUUCACAGGAGAGCUCUCAGAGGUCCCCCUGUGAGCCAGCUGGGGAAUCCACUGUCUUGAAACAGGAGGGAAAGGUGCCCAGUCGUCUGGCCCUUGGAAACAGAGGUGGCUACAAUGGGAGAUGCUGGGGUUCACCCGUCAGGCAGAAGAAGAAACACACAGGCAUGGCUAGUAUUGACAGCAGUGCUCCUGAAACUACCUCUGACAGUUCUCCAACGCUCAGUCGGCGUCCCCUACGUGGGGGAUGGGCAACUACGUCCUGGGGCAGAGGACAAGACAGUGACAGCAUCAGCAGUUCUUCAAGUGAUUCACUGGGAUCUUCCUCUUCCAGUGGCAGUAGGAGAGCCAGUGGGGGAGCCCGUGCAAAAACUGUAGAAGUUGGCAGGUAUAAAGGGAGGCGGCUGGAGAGCCAUGCUCCUCAUGUCCCGAACCAGCCUUCAGAGGCAGCAGCCCACUUCUACUUUGAACUGGCCAAGACAGUCCUUAUCAAAGCAGGUGGAAACAGCAGUACUUCCAUCUUCACCCACCCUUCCUCCAGUGGUGGGCACCAGGGACCACACCGCAACCUUCACCUCUGCGCCUUUGAGAUUGGGCUGUAUGCACUAGGGCUGCACAACUUUGUGUCUCCCAACUGGCUCUCUCGAACUUACUCCUCCCAUGUCUCCUGGAUCACAGGGCAGGCCAUGGAGAUUGGUAGUGCAGCCCUGAACAUCUUAGUGGAGUGUUGGGAUGGACAUCUGACCCCCCCUGAGGUGGCAUCAUUGGCAGACAGGGCCUCGAGGGCCAGAGACUCCAACAUGGUGCGGGCAGCUGCUGAACUGGCACUCAGCUGUCUGCCCCACGCCCAUGCCCUGAACCCAAAUGAGAUCCAGAGGGCUCUGGUGCAGUGCAAGGAACAGGACAAUCUGAUGCUGGAAAAGGCCUGUAUGGCAGUGGAAGAGGCAGCCAAGGGAGGCGGCGUGUACCCCGAAGUUCUCUUUGAAGUAGCUCACCAGUGGUACUGGCUUUAUGAACAGAUUGUUGGUGGGACUCCAGCCCAGAGAGAAGGUGCUACUGGCUGCAGCGCCAGUGGUGCACGGGCUGCAUCAGAAGCAGCACGUGGGUUGACAGACAACCGGGUGACCACUGAGCCAACCACCGUGACAGUGGCAGCUGCAGUAACCGCAGCAGCAACGGUCAUGCCAGUGAUCUCUAUGGGGUCGACCAUGUACCAGCAGCAUACCAUGGCAGGACCAGCAAUGGCGCAUACACACACCCAGGGCCUCCACCCUUACACCACCCUUCAGACUCACAUUCCCUGUAAUCCCCAGUAUAUUGGACACACUAUCCAGCACAUGCCACGUCCAGCUGUCUUCCCAGUGCCUGGCUCAGCGUACCCACAGAGUGUCCAUCCAGCAUUCAUAGGAGCGCAGUACCCCUAUUCAGUAACAACACCAUCAUUGGCAGCUACAGCGGUGUCAUUCCCUGGUGUGCCAGUCCCAUCCAUGACGCAGAUAGCAGUGCAUCCCUACCACAGUGAAACUGGACUGUCACUGUCUUCCAAUGUAGCGAUAGGAAGUGUCCAUGCAGGAUCAACGUUCCCAGCAAUUCAGGGGGCUUCCUUGACAUCUCUGUCCUCACAGCCCAACUCCCUCGUUACAGGGGGGUUUCCUGCCGAGGAUGAGCAGCACAGUCAGCCUGUGAGCCCCCAGGGUCUGCACUACCUCCACUCCGCAUACCAAGUUGGGAUGCUGGCUCUGGAGAUGCUCGGCCGAAGAACUCAGAGCGACCAUCCCAACAAUUUCUCCCGCAGCCCACCCUACACAGAGGAUGUAAAAUGGCUCCUUGGGUUGGCUGCAAAGCUAGGUGUAAACUACGUGCAUCAAUUUUGUGUUGGUGCAGCCAAGGGAGUGCUGAACCCUUUUGUGCUUCAGGAUAUCAUCAUGGAAGCUCUGCAGAGGCUCAAUCCCGCGCAUGUGCACAACCACCUGCGCACCCCAGCCUUCCACCAGUUGGUGCAGAGGUGCCAGCAGGUCUACUUGCAGUACAUCCAUUACCGGCUGAUCCAUCUCGCUCCAGCUGACUACGAUGACUUUGUGAAUGCCAUCCGCAGCGCCAGAAGCGCCUUCUGCCUGACUCCCGUGGGCAUGAUGCAGUUUAAUGAUAUUCUCCAGAACCUGAAGCGUGGCAAGCAGACAAAGGAUCUGUGGCAAAGGGUCUCUUUGGAAAUGACCACCUUCUCUCCGUGACAGCAGGUGGAGCUCCACACAACCCUUUGCUCUGCAUAGUUGUAGUUCCAUUUACGCCAUCCUUCCUUCUGGUGUCUUUUUUUAGUUUUUACUUGUUGGAAACCACUGAUCUGAUGUAUUUAUACCAUGACAUUCCUCUCCAGCACUGUUGCGUGUUGGUGCUCUGCUUUGCUCGCUCUUCUUCCACCUUCCCAGUGGGCUGCAGGCUUCAGAAGCAUCAGGAAAUGAGAAGGAAGUCAAGCUGGCUGCCCUGUGGUGUAGUCAUUGCUUUUUUCCCUGAGCCCUCGGAGACUGUCCUGCGAGCAGUUUGCAGGGUGAUUGCGCAUGUGUUUGAGGGGUGGGGAGUCUGUCUUAAAUAUUUAUUUUGGCAUUUAUAAAUAUGUAAACUUUUUUUUUUUUUUUUUUUUAAUGUAUGGUCUUCUUACUCCACAUACCAUCUCUUGUUCAGAGAGGCUGGGACUGCUGUGCACAGUCAGUGCUCCCUUCAUUCCUUUCAGCACCUCCCUGCUGAGAGAAGCUGAGACUGGAGUAGCAGGGCCAGGGCCACCUCUGCAGCUUUCUGCAGCAGCUGCUGAGGGCAGAGGCUGGAGCUUGGGCAAGGUCCAGGAUUGCCCUGAGCUGCCUGAUGACUGCCAGAAGUGCUUGGGCUCUUUCUCAAGUGUCUCUUGCUGGACACUGCUGGCUCGUAGGACGUUUUGAUCCUGGUCGUUUGGAGUUGUACAAUCGUGUUUCUUUUGGCUGGGGUAUUACUCUCCUGUAAUCAGUUUCUUAUCCCUUGUCUCUUCUCGUUUCCUGAUUAAACACUCGUUUUCUUAGACUGACUCUCUCUUCUCUCUGCUGUGAUGUUGACAUUCUGAUGGAACUGGCCAGCCGUGUCAGUGGGAGCUCCUGUGAGUUGUUUAGAUAAUCUAAGACUCACAGGGGAGUAGCAGCUAGCACGAGGCAGGUGGCCAGAGCUUUCACACAAGAUGUGACCCAUAAGUUUCUUGUCUGGUUGUGCUCUGUGCAUGUCAUACCUCUGCGGAGACUGAGGACUACGCUGACUUGGAAAGCUGACAGGUAUGAGAAGAGCUGCUGGAAAGCCUGGGGCAUCCCACGGCACUGUCUGUGCUUAUACUGGCCACCACUUGUGCACUGGACAGCAGGGAUACCAUGUGAUAAUGUGGAGCUUUGUAUUUCCAGAGCUUUGUGCAAAACCAGAGCUGCUCACACUUGAUGUAAUUGCUAAAGGAUGAGUGGUCUGGUCCUGGGAGUUGUGAGAGGUGUUUGGACUACCCAGCUUUCUGUUGCAGAAAAUUAAUUUUGGAAAGCUUUUAUUUUUGUGCCAAUGCAAUUUAAAGGGCCAACACCAUCUGUAAGCAUACAAGCACACAAUUCUCUUUUUUUUUGUUUUUUAAUGUCACACUUAGAGGUUUGAUGUAUGUUAAGAAUCUUAACGUCUCAAUAGUAAUAUAUUUUGCUACUUGGGUUUAGCCAAUGACUAUAGGAAGGUUUUCAUUUUUACAAACUAAAAGUGUGUGCUUGUUUGAUAUUUCAAUGAUGUUCUUAAAAAAUAAACUAACACACAAGCAUAGGACAAAAUAGAUAAGCAUACUCCCUUGGUCUGACUCUGUGUGCUGCACAGGCCAAGGAGUGUCAUUGAGGUCCUCUUAAUUCUGACUGCAACAGUAACUACUUAAAGGUCUCCUUGCAGCCCUUCGUAUACCUCCAUCAUGUGUUCCUCUGUCUGGUUACGUGCUAAUUAUAAAUGCCAGUGUGUGUAAGAGUGUGUGAAGUUAUGUGGUUUUUAAGCUAACUCUGUAUUGGUUGUUGAGAAGAAGUCCAGGCCUCACUUCUGGCAGGUCUGUGUUCCUGGAGUACUUUGUGCCCUUUAGUGCUCAGAUGUUCAGGGAUAGGAAAGGAGUUUGUAGGAAAAAAUGAGUUUUCUAAUAGUUUAAUCUUUUCCUUUCUGCUGUUUAUGGAGAACAAUUAAGGGUAGAGAAGAGAGCAUCUCCUGGAAGGAAAGAAGCAGAAGGAAAUGGGCAAGAAAGUUGUAUGUUUUCCAUACCAGGACAGACCCUGUAAGCGUUGUCUUCUAGCAGCUGUGGGGCCCAGACAGAGGAAGAACCAGGCAAUCUCACCUCACAGUGACGUUGACUGAGCAGGCAGCUCAGUGGUCUGAGGCACAGGUCAGUAGUUUUGCAAGUUUCAAGCCUUCUCUCUGAAAACUAGAGCACUCAGGGAGCUGUGUGAAGGGGCUGCCUUGUCAUUUAUUCAGACCUAUCAGAACAUUUCUUCAUCCUGGAUCUCUGGAUCUAUUUUUGUUGUUCCUGAGCCAUGGAAAUGUAUCUGAACAAGGGCAGGAAGAACGAGACAGGAGAUGGUUUUUAUUCCUGCUACAUGUCUGGAAGAUUCUUGAGGUAAUCUUUCUUUUCUAAGAGAUGAUGGUGAACGAAGAAGCAUUAGUUUACUGCAAGUUAGAAAAAUUAAAAUCCUGUGCAGUUGUCUUGGUUUGGUCACUGUUCCAGGCACAGGGGAAGUACUCAGGCUCAGAAAUUCUGAAGACACUUCAAGAGCCCGUCUAACGCAGAAUGGCUUUACGUAGCUGAGAAAGCUGUGUUCUUGGGUUGGUGAUUACUGUUUCUCAGCACUAAUAGUGACAGCUAUUUGGAUAAGGCCUCACCCCCAGUUGCACAAAGACAGAUGAAAUUCUGGAAUGUGCAACCUUGCAGUGAGUGGUUACUGUCACAUUUGCUGAAGUCUGAUUCACUGUCUGUUCUCUGAAGGUAAGAGAAAUGAGAUCUUUAGACUGUACUUCUUCAUGCAUCCUGUGUUCACAAUGACUGUCUCUGACUUGCUAGAUUUAUCUCCACAUGUGACCACAGGAAAUACAUUUCUCCCCUGAAGAAGUUAUUAGCCAGUUAGUGUCUUUUCCAUCUGUAUAUAUGUGAGCUUAUAAAUAAAGCUGUUUGUAGGACAGCAGUGUAUCUAAAUUUAGUCUUUUGAUUUCUGCAUAGUUUCUCAGUCAGUAGAGGUAGUAGUAUCUUGACUUUAGUGAAGUUGAUAGAUGUGCCAAAAGAACAUCUGGAUUCUUGGCAGUUUGGGUCAUCAGAAGGAAUAGUUUGAUUUAGCUUUUAUGCAGUGGAUGAAAUAAAGGCUUUAGUCAUUGCUUGGAACACAUCUCUUGAUACAUAUGCAACCUUUUUCUGUAAGAACAGGCACAUCAGCCUCUGGGAGAGCCUGCUUCGCUUCUCUCCUCUGUAGGGAAAUGCAUAGGGCAUAUUCACCAUCGGUUUUCCUUUUGGAAGCCCUUUGCAGGAAUAUGAGACAGAAGGACAUUACCUGCCUUUGGACUUCAGCAUCUUUACAGCCAGUGAACAAUCAGAGCUGUCAUCUGAUGAACAAUGUGCCUAACAGGUAGGGCUGGAGUUAGCUGGAAAGAGUGGUUCUUUCUAAUUUUUGUUUACUCUCAUUAGAAUUUAUUUGAGAUAUGUAUUUUCCUUCUCUGAGAAAACCCUGACAGAAACACCAUCAGAUGGAAACAACAUUACUGAACUGAGAUUGUUUGCAUUUUUUGGGGGGUGGGAGUUUGGCUUUUAAUCAAGCUUAGCACAUUUAGAGCUGGCUUGGCCACUGCUUCAUACUGUUAGAGUGCACUGAAGAGUUCUGCAAGAACAGCAUGAGCAGAAAUGGAAUCAGCAAGGUCCAUGUCUGUGAAAUGUAAUACUACAUCCUGGUAUAAAUAAGUUAGCUGAAAUGUGACAUCAAUGUGAAGUAGUUUUUGAUAAGACUUGGGAAACUUGUUUCUUGGUUUUGUUUUUCUUGCCCAGGAAUCAAGAAAAGGGCACAGUGUUAAAAUCAAGUUUCCAGGGCUCACUUGGGGAUACAUUGCAAAAGCAUAAAUCUGUUGAUAACUGCAGCAGUAUUGAUGGGUUUGUUGGUGGGGUUUUUUAAAUCUAAACUGAAAAAUUAAAAAUGCAGGUUAGGCUACCAGAACUUUACUAGAAAAAUAUGUACGUAUUUUUAAUGACCACAGCUGUUGUAUGACGUUGCUUUCAAUCCGUCCCUAGAGAUAGCAUGAACUGCUCUCAAUUACAGUUUAUCUAGAAUGUAUUGGUUUUUUCUGUGCCCUCAUUAGAGCUUCAUAUGAUGUGAUUAUGAUAAACAACAACAGGGAGUCUUUCUUAGUAUUACCAUUUUUGCUUACUACCUCUCCUCUCACUUCUCAGCAUAAUUUAAACGUGGAUUUUGAUCUUCAUUCUACUUCCUGCUCACGUUGUGCUCUGGGGGCAGGGUGGUCAACGGCUCCUGUCGAAGAGCAUCAUUAAUCUGUGAAAACUGCGAGUGCAGUCUGGGGAUAUUCUGUGCCAGGGUUUCAGUUUGAGCCUACCAUGAGUUAAAGCUUUUUCUCAGGGCUAACUGCCAAAUGCAAGCUUUAUGAGCUGUCACAAGGUAACUCCACUGCUGUAUAUUGUUAAUUGUUGGUAUAACAACACUGUCUGUGCUCUGUAAGCAAUUGUUUUCUUGUUGAUGUUGCCUGUUUGCAGUUAUAGCGUAACUGCUUAAUGCUGUACAGUCUGCUCUGCGUAAUUACUCUGUUGCCACUAAGGGCAUGAUGGACUAUUUAAGGGACUGGGGGGAGAAAUGCUAGCAAUGCAUUAAAAUCUAUUGUAUAUAGUAAUUUGCACAGA